AUGGGCCUUGGUAUUCGUGGGGCCAUCGUGCUUGCUCUAGGGCUCGGGAAAUGGUCUGAUGCUCACGCAUGCAAGUCCACGACUGCAGAAACUGACGUAUUCUCAUGGGAAAAUAUUCAACCCUCUGAGGACCUUGUUUGGAUAAAGUGUUAUGGCGAUAAGCACUGCGCUCGACUAGAAGUCCCUUUGGAUUACUCCAACCCCAAUAGCGGUUCGGCAGCUAUCGCCAUGGUCCGCCUACACUCCGGCAUUUCUCACGAAGACCCUCAAUAUCAUGGCCCGAUAUUGAUCAAUCCUGGCGGGCCUGGUGGCUCGGGAGUAGACUUCGCGCUCAGCUGGGGAAGCAAAAUCCAUACUGUAGUUGGGCCCGAGUUCGACAUCAUAGGAUUCGAUCCGCGAGGUAUCGCACGGUCGACUCCUCGUGCAAGUUUCUUCUCCAGCCGCGCUGAAAGGGCAAUCUUCAAUUCUGGUGGUGGUCUUUCUCCGAAUGCGUCGGCGGAUACCCUCUCUCGAAUCUGGGCUCAAGGCACCCUUCUUGGAGAACUUGCCAGCGCAAAUGACGACGGAAACUUGAAGUUUAUCAAUACUGAUAAUACUGCCCGUGACAUGCUGCGUAUUGUGCAAAAACACGGUAGCGAUAAGUUGUUAUACUGGGGAUUCUCGUACGGCAGUGUUUUGGGAGCCACGUUUGCCGCAAUGUUUCCUGAUAAUGUGGGGCGGCUGAUCAUCGACGGUGUCGUUGAUUCGGAGGACUACUACGCAACCAAAUGGUCCAACAGUCUAAAGGACACCGACAAAGUUCUUAGUUUGUUUGCGGCUGGAUGUGUAAAGGCGGGUCAAACGGGUUGCCCAUUCUACGCUAGCAGUGCUGAACAGAUCCUCGCCAACAUCGACUCCUUGGCAUUGGCUCUUCGCUCCAAACCAAUUCCAGUUCGCGCAUCUUUGUCGCAUGGGCUGAUCGACUUCUCCCUCUUCCGCGCCACAGUCUUCAAGGCUCUCUACUCUCCUUACGCUCAAUUCCGGCCACUCGCCCAAGCGCUGGCGGAGUUGACAAACGGAAACGCAUCGGCAUUUUGGGAGCUUUCUGCUUUAUCGCGGGGGGACACGCCGUUCCAGUGUGGUUGCAAUCCAUCAGAGUACCUGUUUGAGUCGCUGGCCGAGAGCAGAUGGGCCGUCUUGUGCAAUGACGGGGCGCGAAUUCCGUCCGACUACGAUGCCUGGGAAACGUACUACCUCGCACUGAGCAAGACUUCGAGCUUUGCGGAUCAGUGGACUAUUGCCCGAAUGGGGUGCUUAGCAUGGCCAGAAUUCCCAAAGACCAAUUUCCGUGGCCCUUUUGUCGCCAACACGAGUUUCCCGCUGCUGCUCAUUGGAAAUACUGCUGAUCCUGUAACGCCUCUUUGGUCAGCACGUAAGAUGUCCCAAGGGUUUGGAGGUUCAGUUGUUUUGACCCAAAAUUCGGCUGGGCACUGCUCCCUCUCUGGACCCUCCAUUUGCACCCAGAAAGCUGUUCGUGCUUACUUCGUUGAUGGAGAGCUGCCUAAGGGGGGAACGAUUUGCCCCGUUGAUAGCCAGCCUUUUGAUAAGCCUGCACUCGGGGGAGACGACGCCAACCAGGCGGUGUUUCGUGUAGUGGAGGACCAGUUGUUGUACAACAAUGCCCGUGAACUGGCGAUGAGCUUUCAGACGCUCUUGACAUACAACUCCAACCAUGACUGCGUGAAUGCGGAAAACGUCCCCAGCACCGUGACGCUCGACAUCACAGCCUCCAUCAACUCACUCUUCUUCCUCCUUCCACCACCCUCUUAA